CAGCAGUGUACAAUUCCGAUGAACAGCGAAAGGUUGGGAGGAUAACAAAAUUUUCUUUAAGGUUUAUUUGGUUAUUGCAAGAAUACAAUUUACGAUGGUUGAAUUAUAAGUGGCACGCGCGGAUAUAGUAAAGUUGUCAACAGGCGGCUGAAAUAUAUAUAUUAUAUUAUUCCUUGUUUUCCAACAGUAUAUUGGUGAUAUAACGAUGGAUAUUCGGAAUGAGAAGAAUCAUAUUUUCAACAUUAAGUUCACUAAACUAAUAGGAUUAUAUCAGAUGGUGGAUCCUAAUUCCAUAAAAUGUCGGGGUCGAAAUAUCUAUCACGUUGUUAUGUGGUGCGUUAUGCUAUACGUGUUUAUCGUAUCGAUGAUUUUAGUGCUAAGUGGUCUGUACAACUGGUCGGUUAAUAUUCCUAUAAGUAUAGAUUAUAUUUGUAAAGCAGUAAACACGUUUUACCUUACUUACAAAAUGUGUGUCAUCAUCCGUCACUCGAACACCAUAUGGAACUGUUUGUCGAUCACGAGGUACGAUUUUACAUCGUUCAGUAACAGGAACAAACACAUACUGGAUCAUUGGCGAGAACGCUUGACGUGGUUCAUGACCAUGUAUACGACCAUGUAUUUCACUGCGAUAGUCAAUUAUUCUGUCGCCACUUUAGCAUUCAGUGAAGUUAAAUCACCAGUCAGAAACCACGAAGGUUCAAUCGAGUAUUACCGCAUGAACAACAUGAAUUUCUAUUUAAUCGCAUCUGAGGACACGUACAACUCACACUACAAUAAGUUUUACUUCAUCGAGACAUUAUUCGUUUUCAUUACGGCAAUGUUUUUCCUUUUAUUCGAUUUGCUUCUGGUUAUACUGUGCUUUGGUAUGAGCUGCCAGUUGGAAAUGAUUUGCUCUGCUUACGAAUCUGUUGGACACAAAUCACUUCGUGACCAGCAUUCCUCAAUAUAUUCCACAGAUGAAAAUAAAAAUAAAUCAUCUAAUGAUCACGAUUUAAUAUAUGAGGAAUUAAAAACAAUUAUAAUGGAUCAUCAAGUAGUAAUGAAGAAAUAUGAAGAUAUUUUAGCAUUUUUUCAACGAGUGAUAUUGUUAAACAUUUUCGUUUCGUCAUUUACAGUCAUCUUGCUUUGUUUUACUGUCAUAAUGAGUUUCUCCAAUAAUGAAAGAUUUAAGACUUCGGAUAUUAUAGUAAAAAAAAUGAUGUGUAUAAUUCCAUCAAUAUUGUUUCAAAUAUAUAUGGUGUGUUAUUUAUUUGGCAGUAUACACGCUCAAAAAGAUUCAAUAAUAUUCGCAUUGUACAGCAGUAAUUGGACCGAAAUGGACAUGAAAUGUAAAAAAUUGAUAUUAUUAACAAUGAUAUUGAAUAAUGCCAACCACAAAAAGUUAAAAUUUACUAGAACAAAAAUUGUGAACUUGGAAAUGUUUUUUAAAACUAUGGGUAAUUGUUACACAGUUAUUUCGGUUUUAGUAAAUUAUAUACAAACUAAAAAUGAAUAAGUUUUGUCCAUGUUUAUUUUAAAUGUAGUCAUUUUCUUUUAGUUAUUACUUUAUUUAUAAUAUUAUUAUCUAGUCGAAUUUAAAUAUAUUAUAACAAAAAACCUAGUUCUCACGAUUACCUAAAUAAUUACUUUUAACUUCUUAGCCAUAACGUAUUAUAAUUGUAGUUAACAUAAAUAGAUAAAUAUUAUGGUUAUGUAGUAGUUUACACAGAGUUCGUUGUAAAUCAUAAAAAUAAGAUAUUUAUUAGUAUAUUGUUUUGGGAUCCUCGAAAAUUUAGCGCACGUCAAUUAUUCGGAGAUGACUGAACUAUUUCAGCAUAAGUCAAGCCAGCAUACGACAUUCACGCCCAAGACAAGUCAGCGCAUCAUGUUUAAUAAAAUAUACUAAAUUAAUUAAUAUAACAAUAAAUAUAAUAAAAUACCAAAUUAAAACCAUGUUAAAAAUAUUGUUAU